GUUGAAAAGCGGCUAAAUGAGGAGGAACAACGUAUAAGUAAUUAUCUUUCACCGACAACUGAACCUGGAAUUCGGAGUAUCGUCGAGGAACAAUUGAUCUCGAAACAUCUUAAAACAGUUAUUGAGAUGGAAAACUCUGGAUUGAUCCCGAUGUUAAACCAUGAAAAAAUGGAUGGUAAUUAUCAAUUCCAAUUGCUAGAGUUAAAAGGCGGCGUCGAAGGAUUAUACCUUGCACGAAUGUACAAAUUAUUUAGUCGAGUACAAAAAGGACACGAAGAAAUGAAAAGUGCCAUUAGCGCGCAUAUCCGCGAUCUUGGCAAAGCUAUUAAUGAAACUGUGACGAGUGCCACUUCAACAGAAGGAGGAAGUUCUAAUAACGCUGCUGGUGAUAGAUCAGCGGGAACAGUUAUAGCAAUACGAUGGGUACAGGAGGUUUUGGAUCUUAAAGAUAAAUUUGAUAAAGUUUUAAGUCACGCACUUAUGAACGAUAAAGCUUUUCAAACAUCAUUCAAUGAGGCCUUUGGCGAUUUUAUCAAUAAGAAUCCAAAAUCUCCCGAAUUUAUAUCAUUAUUUAUUGACGAGAAUCUAAAGAAAGGAUUAAAAGGAAAAACAGAGGAAGAGGUUGAUAAUGUUCUCGACAAAACAUUAACAUUAUUCCGCUUCAUAACAGAGAAAGAUGUAUUUGAACGUUAUUACAAACAACAUCUAGCCAGACGAUUACUAAAUCAGCGAAGUGUGAGUGACGAUGCCGAAAGAGGAAUGAUCGGAAAACUGAAGUCUGAAUGUGGAUAUCAAUUCACGACAAAGCUAGAAGGAAUGUUUAAUGAUAUGAGAAUUUCCAAUGAUACUAUGGUUGACUUUAGAGAGUUCUUAGAUAAACCAGACAUGGAACGUCCUAGAAUGGACCUCAAUGUCACUGUUCUCACUUCCACUUUCUGGCCAAUGAAUUUAGCGGCUAGUCCACGAUGUAACUUCCCUGCUGAAAUCACCAGAGCAUGCGAAACUUUCCAAAGAUUCUAUCUAGGCCGACAUAGUGGACGUAGACUCACAUGGCAAGCACAAAUGGGGAAUGCUGAUCUUCGUGCCACAUUUAAAACUCGAAAACAUGAUAUUAAUGUGUCCACAUGUGCAAUGGUGAUUCUACUUAUGUUCAAUAAUUUGCCGGAUGGGCAAAACCUUUCUUAUGAGCAAAUAAAAGGCGAAACUGAUAUCCCAGAGGCAGAAUUAAAGCGUAACCUGCAGUCACUUGCCUGCGCAAAAUAUAAAAUACUCGUCAAAGAACCAAAAUCAAAAGAAAUCAACUCGGACGAUAAGUUCUUCUUUAAUAAAGACUUUUCCGCGCCUCUACAGCGUAUUAAGAUUCAAACUGUUGCCAAUAAAAUGGAAACAGAGGGAGAACGUAAAGAUACGCGGGAAAAAGUUGAAGAAGCUAGAAAACAUCAAACGGAAGCUGCCAUUGUUAGAAUUAUGAAAGAUAGAAAGACGAUGGAGCAUAAUAAUUUGAUUACUGAGGUGGUACGACAGUUACAGCCAAGGUUUGUGCCCAAUCCUGCUAUGAUUAAGAAACGUAUCGAGGCACUAAUUGAUCGAGAGUAUCUGGAGAGAGCACCGGGUGAUAGGUUAGAAUUCUCUUAUUUCUUUUGUGAAAUUUUGAAUUCCGAUUUUCUAGCUGAUAAUCUUUGUUUUUGA